CAUGGUGGAGCCCCGGCGCUCUCUGGGAAGCGGUCUUCCGACUGCGUCUCAUCGCCGUUUUACCCUCCCGCGCUAACCUGCUUUCUGUCCGCCACUUUUACUAGUGUUAAUUACUCUGUCACGUCAAUGAGAGAGCUUGGUCGCUAAGUCAGUGACUUCUCGGACCCGUACGCCGUCUGUAGCCCAGCCGAAGCGGCGGUGAGUCUUCUGCGGCAGGAUCGAGGGGGGUGGUGCAGGGACAACGAUGCCCUCUCCUUUCCGAGGAGAAAACUAUAUGUGCAAUUUCUAACACUUAUGUUUCAUUUACUGCCGACGAUUUAAGGUAGAAUUAGAGUAACUGAGUCGUUUCGGAAGAGGAAUGGUCUACUGAACCCCACUGGACCUAAGGGAUCGGUAUAUUUCAAUAUCUUCAUAUGUGUGGAUGCGGAUAUUUAACAGGGGCGACGUGUUUUGAAGCUGUCAUUAAAUGGAUUCCUCUAAUUUCAAAAAAUUAAACUGAAACAGCCGCUGCGAUUGACCAAGAUAAGCGUUGGUCGCGAUAGUUACUGCAUGACAGUAUGACGGGGUGAGGGUGCGAGCAGCGCCCGCAAAAUGAGGUGACAUUUUCUCACAUUGCGUGUGCUUGCAAUUCGUCCGAUAUACCGAAAUAAAAAAAAUAUAUAAGUAAUCAAGAAAGGCUGAAUUACGGAGACAGGGAGCCUGGAAGGAAGGCAACAAAGUGGGGAAACUGAUGCUGAAGAGCCAGGAGGCUGUGACAGGGGGAGCCCCAGCCCAGGACCCAUGAGCCCUGUGGAAGAUGCACACUGCCUGGGCGCCUCUGCUCUUCCUGGCCGCGUGCAUGAGGAGCAGCACCUCCAGCCCUCUCUCCUUCCGCAUUGCCGCCAUCCUCGACGACCCGAUGGAGUGCAGCCGGGGGGAAAGGCUGGCCAUCACCCUGGCCAAGGACAGCAUCAACCGGGCCAGCAACCGCUCCACUGUGGGCAAGCUGGAGGUGGACAUCUUUGAGCUGCUGAGGGACAGCGAGUACGAGAUGGGGGAGACCAUGUGCCAGAUCCUCUCCAAGGGAGUGGUUGCGGUCCUGGGCCCCUCCGGAAGCCCCGCCUCCAACUCCAUCAUCAGCAACAUCUGUGGGGAGAAGGAGGUGCCCUACGUGAAGGUGGCCCCCGAGGACAUGCUGAAGGUGCGCUUUCCCCGCUUCACCACUCUGGACAUGCGGCCCACAAACACGGAUGUCAGCUUGGCUGUGGCCGACCUCCUGGGCUUCUUCAACAGUUCCACGGCCUGCCUCGUCUGCGGCCGCGAUGACUGCCUGUUGAACCUGGAGAGGUUACUCCGCCAUUUUCUCAUCUCCAGAGAGACACUUUCAGUGCGCAUGCUGGAUGACAACGAGGACCCUACAUCGCUCCUCAAGGAAAUCCGUGACGAUAAGACUGCCACCAUCAUCGUGGAUGCCAAUGCCACCAUGUCCCACAUCAUCCUGGAUAGGGCCUCACGACUCGGGAUGCUCUCUGUGUACUACACCUACAUCUUCACCUCGCUGGAGUUCUCUCUGCUGCGAUUGGACGAGGUGGCAGACCAGCACGUCACCAUCGUGGGCUUCUCCGUGUUCAACCGCUCGCACCCGCGCUUCCAGGACUUCCUCGUUAGCCUGCACCGCUCUUGGCAGGAGAACUGCGACCACGCCCCUUUCGCCGGGGUGCCGCUGUCCUCUGCGCUCCUCUUCGAUGCAGUGCAUGCGGUGGCAGCGGCCGUGCAGGAACUGAACCGCAGCCAGAGCGUUGGAGCUACACCUCUGUCCUGCAAGUCGCCCCGCAUCUGGGAGCACGGCACCAGCCUGAUGAACUACCUGCGCAUGGUAGAAUUGGAAGGUCUAACUGGCCACAUCGAGUUCAACAGCAGGGGGCAGCGGUCCAAUUACGCCCUCCGCAUCAUGCAGAGCAGCAAGGAAGGGCUAAGGCAGAUUGGCCAGUGGCACUCGGACCAGGGCUUGUCCAUGGUGAGGAAGCUGUCGUCGCCCAACGUGACGGACGCUCUCUUCAACACCACACUCGUGAUCACCACGAUCCUGGAGAAUCCCUACGUGAUGCUGAGGGAAAACCACCAGGACCUGCAGGGUAAUGAACGCUAUGAGGGCUUCUGCGUGGACAUGCUGAGGGAGCUGGCCCACAUCCUCAAAUUCAACUACCGUAUCCGGCUGGUGGACGACGGUGUCUACGGCGUGCCAGGGACCAACGGCACCUGGACGGGCAUGGUGGGCGAGCUCAUUUCCAGGAAAGCCGACCUGGCCGUGGCAGGGCUGACCAUCACCGCUGAGAGGGAGAAGGUCAUCGACUUCUCCAAGCCCUUCAUGACACUGGGCAUCAGCAUCCUGUACCGGGUGCAUCUGGGCCGCAGACCUGGCUAUUUCUCCUUCCUGGACCCCUUCUCCCCAGGAGUCUGGCUUUUCAUGCUGCUUGCUUACCUGGCUGUCAGCUGCGUUCUCUUCUUAGUCGCCAGGUUAACGCCAUAUGAGUGGUACAAUCCCGACCCUUACCAGAGGGGGCGCUGCAGCCUGGUCAUCAAUCAGUACUCCCUAGGAAACAGUUUCUGGUUUCCUGUAGGGGGUUUUAUGCAGCAGGGGUCCACCAUCGCCCCCCGUGCCCUGUCUACACGCUGCGUCAGCGGCGUCUGGUGGGCCUUCACCCUCAUCAUCAUCUCCUCCUACACGGCCAACCUGGCUGCCUUCCUCACUGUGCAGAGGAUGGAGAUGCCCAUCGAGUCUGUGGACGACCUGGCCGACCAGACCGCCAUCGAGUAUGGCACUAUGUAUGGGGGCUCCACCAUGACCUUCUUUCAGAAUUCGCGCUACCAGACAUACCAGCGCAUGUGGAACUUCAUGCACACCAAACAGCCCAGUGUCUUCGUGAAGAGCACAGAAGAGGGCAUCGCCCGCGUCCUCAAAUCCAACUACGCCUUUCUGCUGGAGAGCACCAUGAAUGAGUACCACCGGCAGCGCAACUGCAACCUCACUCAGAUCGGCGGCCUGCUGGACACCAAGGGCUACGGUAUCGGCAUGCCUGCUGGUUCACUCUACAGAGACGAGCUGGACCUCGCCAUCCUCAGGCUUCAGGAAGAUAAUCGGCUAGAGAUCCUGAAGAGGAAGUGGUGGGAGGGGGGCAAGUGUCCCAAAGACGGCGACCACCGGGCCAAAGGCCUGGGUAUGGAGAACAUUGGGGGUAUCUUCGUGGUGCUGGUGUGCGGCCUGCUGGCGGCCGUCCUCAUAGCCGUGCUGGAAUUUGCCUGGAUGCUGCGUCGAACAUCCAGCACUGAGUCAGCGUGCGAGGAAAUGCUGCGUGAGCUCCAGGGGAUCCUCCUCUGCCAGGACAGCCUUCAGCACCGCCGUCGCCGGGUGUCUGGGGGGCAACACCCCCGCCGGGCAUCCCUGGAGGAGCGCCGUGCCCGAGCGGCUGCUGCCAGCCUCAGCAAUGGCAAGCUGUGUGGGGGGGUGGGCCUGGGCGGGGCCAUGGCUGAGGGCCCUCCCCCAAGGCUGCCGCAAGAAGUUGCCCUGGUGACACAAAGCUGCAGCCACGUGCACGUGUGCCCUGAGUGUCGCCGCUUUCAGGCUCCUCGUCCCCGGGACUCCCCGGUCCCCGGUGAGGAGGCUGCAGAGUGGGACAAGAGCGCCCCUGGCGGACCUGAGUAAAUCCUGGAACACCAGGGCCCAUCUGGCCCAGGGGAGAGGCCAUCGCCAGUGGCAACGUGGCACUAAACCACACCGGCCAUCGAGUCUCUGUGGAAACCGCAGGCAGACGUCCUUCUGUGAAGUCUCCUCUUCCUCUGCCAGUGGACCAGUUCCCCUUCCACAGUGUCGUUUUUGGCGUCAGCGUCGUCAUUCUCAUCACUGAACCGCCUUCAGAUUGGCCGUGUGGAAAGAGCUGUUUUUAAUACUUUUUAUUGUAAAAUCCCAGCAGAACGUUCUAUAAAAGCAUCUUAAACUUCUUCAGAGUGACCCGGGUUGGCUAGGGUGCGUGGGUGGGGCCCUUUACAGUGCAGCGUCCAAUCAGACGCACCCUCCCACAGCCUGCUGUUCCAGUUUGUCUUCUCAACAGUUUCCUCAUCUCCAUAAUUUUUUGUCUCAUAGUUUUCCACCCUCCCCCCCCCCCUUCAUGUCAGACCGCCGGGCACUCCCUCAUCGACAAGGUGAUGAACCACGGACAAGGCGGAAGAGACUGGGCUGCCCCCCCCACCCCCACAGGUAAACAUGUCAUCCUUCCAUCCACUUCCUCCCCCCUCUCUGGGUGCAUCAGAUCUGAUACUAAGAGGCCAGCGGGCUGUGAACAUGAGCUGUAUGUCUGCACAGUCAGCUACAGUAAGGGCAAAACCAACCUUCUUGAGCAGGAACGUCCACGAGGCAAUCAGCAGAACCUUCCAGUGGAUGAUGGUGGACUGCCAUCUAAAUAGCUUGCUUCAGAUUAUGCAGCACUGACAGACCUACCGACAGCCCCACAGACAGAGCCUCUCCAUAUGGCGCUACGGGCGCUGCUCUCCUGGUUGAGAACAUUGCAUUUAAAUGACGAAUCGGCAGCAGGUGGCCACGUCCCUGCCUGUUAAAAACUUCAUUAUAAAUGCUAAUGGAUGUCUCCCCCCUACCCCUCUGACAUCUGUAAUAAUGUCGGGACUGGUUAUUUACCCCAGAUUACAUGUUAAAGUGAUUUAUUUCUGUUCAAGGCGCUACUACAGUGGAGGCGAGAUGGAAAUGGGCCGAGUUGAGUAUAAUGUUAUUUCAGGAGGAAGACAGCAGUAAAUAAGGUGGCUUUUCAUCAGGCUGGGAGCUGUCGUCGAUGGGACCCUGGUUCUGAUGUAUGACUGUAUCAACGGGGACGCCCUCAGUCACGGUCGUCGUCUCAGUUUCUGGCUGCUGUCACUGUCUGGCCAGCGGGUUUGAUGCAGUGGCAUUGGUUCCCUGGUGCUGCCAACAGUGUGUGUGUGUAUGUGUGUGUGUGUGUGUGUGCGUGUGUGUGUGUGUGUGUGUGUGUGUGUGUGUUUGUGGAGGGGUCCCAUUCAGCCCAAAUGGACUCCUGGUCUUCAGGUUGCCGUUCACCCUCUAAUGACAGCGUUGUUAAUUAACAGGCUCAUUAACUAGCUCUCUCCGGGAAGUUUCACGUCGGGUUCUUUAGUUCGGGUAAUAUGAAGAAGGUGAAGGUGAAGAAAGCGAAGAUGCAGGCUGGUUGUCCAUCAGCCUUCAGGCAUACACUCAUAGUGCGCGGAGCUUUCCUGUACCUCCCCUACUCCUACCUACUGGGCAGAAUUUGGCUGCUGAUUUUUAUAUGAUUUAUUUUCCUAUGUUGUCAUUUUUA